GGUGAAGUCAGCGCUCUUCUGUGGAAAAAAACCAGAGGCAAUUAAUUCACUCAGGUGCGAGUGGGUAUACUGUCGUGUGACCACGAAUUUUAAUAGAAGAAUUGAUCAAGCCCUAGAUCGACUGCGCGCAGGGAAACUGAUCAAUAUUAUCACAGGCCAUACAUAGCACUGAUUCCCAGCUGCGCUGAGACCCGAAUUGUUUGCAGUGUGUGCCACGAUUGCAGUGUCGCUAAGCGGGGUGUGACGGGUUGCAGUAUUAUUUCGCACAGUUUGUGUGAGUGCACAGUGCCUUAAAACAUGAUGAACCGUGACGUGGCUGACCUCCCCAGCGGCCCACUCGAUGUCUACAGGAACAAAGCCUCCUUCAGCUGGAAGGACAUGGUCCGCUUUAUAGAUGGAGAAGAUGUAUAUCUAUUCAAGCAACAUGUGUUCAGGACACUGGAGAACGACCCUCUGUUUGCCCGUCAGCCUGGUGAAGAUGUCCCCAUAGAGAAAAAGAGAGAGUUGACCUUUCUGAGAAUGAAGCAGCUGCUUCGGUACAACUUUGUCACCAAGGAAGAGGCGAUGGCCAAUCCCUGGAAAGCGAUGUACCUCGACGACUGUCUGGGCAUGUAUGACUGGGCCUUGGUUGCUAAGCUCUUCCUCAGCCUGGGUAUGUUUGGAGCAACUGUUGCCAACUCAGGGUCAAGCAGACAUAAGAAAUUUGUUGAAAACACUGAAGACAUGAGGAUCUUUGGAUGCUUUGCAUUGACUGAGUUGAGCCAUGGCAGUAACACCAGAGCCAUGAGGACCACGGCCAAGUAUGACCCCUCUACUCAGGAGUUCGUGAUCAACUCUCCGGACUUUGAGGCUGCAAAGUUCUGGGUGGGGAACCUGGGAAAGACUGCUACCCAUGCUGUGGUGUAUGCUCAGCUCUACACACCUGAUCAGGUGUGCCACGGACUGCACUCUUUUGUUGUCCCGGUGAGUUCUAGUGAAUUUGAAUAUCUUUAAAGAAAUGGCUGCUUGCAUCACAAGGUACAAGGUAACUAUCAGAAAGUCCAAGAGCUUUUGUGUUGUCAGGUAGCUAUUCAAAUAAGACCAUCAACUACAACAGUGUUUAGAGCCAUAGGAGACCUCACAGCUAAGUUUCUAUUAACUGAUAGGGAUGUGAAGCUCACUACUGCUGUUUUGACACUGUGUCGAGCUUCUGAGGUGCUGAUGUUUCAGUGUGGUUCAAAUCAUCCAGCUCACGCGACUCAGAGCGAACUAGAUUUCGGUGCGCUUCAGCAGAGGAUGAUUUAGCUGAUGGACGUGCAUGAAAUGGACUGUAACAUUUGAUCAGAAUUAGACCCUGUAAACAAAUGUUUGUUUUUCUGAAGAAGGAAACAAAUUAAAUUUUUUCAUUUAAAUAUAAUUUUAAAUUAAUUAAAAAUAAAAGUUAACACAUGCCAGCUACUUGCUUUACUUGACAGUGUGUAGAGGAAACCUGAUGACAUGGGCUCCUAGAAAGUUCUGAGGGCUGUGAGCAAGCUAACAAAAAACCUGUGUUUAUACUUAAUAUUAUCAUUUAUGUUUUAUUUUAGUGAGUUAUUGUGAGCAACACAAAUGUUAACAGAGGGAGGAUUUUGCUGAAGCACUCUGUUCAUUACUGGUGAUGGGAAUUGAUAAGAAUGUAGUGAUUCUGAUUCCAUUAUCAAUAUCAGUUAUCAGUUUGAUACCUUAUCUGUUCUCUUAUCGAUUCUCACUGGGUUCUUGUUCACUUUGUUUUGAGAGUCACCGCCGUUGCUAAGCAGCAGGAAAGAAAUGACAGUCAUGCAGAUUAAUUCCAUGCUGUGGGUCAGAUGUGUGUCCACGGUUGUUGAGGUGUUUACCUUCUUUGUUGUGAUUAGAGUUGUUAAUUAAAAACGCCAUUAUUACACGUUUCACAGAACACUUUACUUAAAAGUAAUGCAGUAUGAUACUUAAUUACUCCUGGGAAAAGGUUAUUUAUUAUACUACUUGUUACAUAAGUUGCUCUAUAAAAAAGCUAACAAUAAAAAAUAACAACGAGGCUACAACUCCACACGCCAGCACAAAUCUUCCAUCUCUAAGGUCUUUGUCUUAGUAGAAUUCAAAGCUGACUG